AUGGCUACAUUAGAACCAACUACUUGUUUUGAAGCCUUAAUGUCAGAAGCCGGGAAAAAUGCAAUGGAGGAGGAGCUUAGAAUGAUUGAAAAGAAUAACACAUGGGUGCUUGUAGACAAACCAAUUGGUAAGAAAGUCUUCGGAGUCAAGUGGGUAUUCAAGCUUAAAAUGAAUGCAGAUGGGUCGUUAAAUAAACAUAAAGCUAGGCUUGUUGUGAAGGGAUAUUCACAAGAGAUUGAAGUAGAUGUCUUUGAUACAUUUGCCCCAGUGGCAAGAUUGGACACAAUUCGACUAUUGCUCGCCAUUGCUGCUCAAAAGGGGUGUGGUAAUGAGGAAUUCCCGGAGGAAUUCAUGGGUUUCCAUCACAUCUGUGCCUUUGAUAUUUGA